AUGCGUCAAGAUCCGCAUGCCAACACGGUACCAUCGUGCGCAAUUGCAGUAUGUCCGGCAUGCAACACUCCCGUGACCGAAGUUCCUCAGACCGCGGAGGUAAACCGGCAACCCAACAGUUUGCAAGGAAGAAGCAUUACGCGACCCCCGGCUACCGUCACCCCGCAGGAUGGAAUUGAAUACUCCUGCUUUGACAAUAGACUUCCGUCAACGACACCGCAAGAAGAAGGGCCAGAGGUCCUGAGUACAACCACCGCGCCAUUACAAGCCAAGAGGGCCGUGAAUAGCCAGAUAUACAUACUCAAAGUAUGCCGUACCCUCAUCAUAUUUGGUGCUCCGAUGCAUCGCCUCGAGCGUGUCCUUACAGAUAGUUACGUGCAUGCUGUGUACAAGGACGUCAUUCACAAGAGAACUACCCUAGAAGCCGCGUGUAUCGACCUUGAUGAAACCAUACAGAAGGAUGACAAUUAUGCAUUGUGGAUUCGGGUCCUAGCAUACGGGCUGGCCUCUGCGAGUAUUGGACCUGUAUCAUACAAUGCCCAACCUGUCGACCUACCUAUCAUCUUCAUCCUGGGCACUUUGAUCGGCUUUUUGGAGCCGGUACUAAUCCCACGGUCGGAUUUCUACGGCUACGUGUUUGAGAUAUCCGUCGCAAUUGCUGCAUCUCUCCUCGGCCGCGCCUUCGGCUCUAUCCACUGGGGCCAGGGUCAUAGCUUCUGCUUCUCAGCCAUCAGGCAUCUAUCGUUAUGA